UAUCAAACAAUGUUUGAUUUUAAAUAAAUAUUAAGAAGUUAUUAUUGAUUUUAUUUCUAUAAUAUGGAUAUAACUACAGUGUCUUAUAACAAAGUAAAAUCAAACUUAUUUUGGGAGUCAAUUAAUAUAUUAAUAAAAAAACCUCAUGUAGUCAAUAAAAGAUUAUGGGGAUGCACUAUUUUAAAAAGAUAUUAUGUUCGAGACAAUAAUAUUUCUUGGGAAAAUGAAUUGAAACAUUAUCAAUUAGAUACCGUCAACAAAAAGCAAUUUUUAGAUGAUAUCCUCAAAAAGAAACAUGUCAAAAUAGUUGAAGAAAGUGAAACUGAAAAUGAAAUUUUGUUAGUGGAACUUCUUCCGAAAAGCUACCUUGAAUCGCAUGCAUUUCAAAUAAUUUGUAAAAAUAAAUCUGUAACACAAGUAAGAUUUUUUGAUGUGACUCCUGUGGUCAUUGAACAAAACCUAUGUCCAACAUUUUCUUAUAGCUUUUCGUUACAAGAUGGUGAUGUUAUAUUAAAUACUUUUUCUGAUAAUAUAACAAAGUCUCACCAAUGGUUAAAAAAUACUGUCUUACCUCAAGUCCUAAAGUGGUGUGAUGAAAUGUCUAGUAAGCAAGUUCAAAUAUGCAAUGAAUCUUUAGCAUUAGUGCCAAUUGAAGAAUAUUAUAUAAAAUAUAAUGACCUUAAGUUGAGAUAUGGUAAAGAGAUGGUUAAGAUUUGGCCAGAAUGUACAGAUCCAACAAAGUUUGUGUAUGAAGACAUUGCUAUUGCUACCUACUUGUUACUCCUGUGGAAGAAAGAUAAUAAACUACAAUCAUUUGUAGAUAUUGGAUGUGGGAAUGGUUUGCUUGUUUAUAUUUUGAAUAUGGAGGGACAUACUGGAUAUGGGGUUGACAUUAGGAAGAGAAAAAUAUGGGACUUAUAUCCCAAUAACAUUAAGUUAAAAGAAACAACAGUAACUCCAUCAAAUAUGCAUAUCUUUUCUGACGUUGAUUGGAUUAUAGGAAAUCAUUCUGAUGAACUUACACCAUGGAUACCAGUUAUUGCUACACAAAAUUCCUACAAAUCUAAAUUUUUCCUGCUACCAUGUUGUGCAUACAAUUUUGAUGGUACAAAAUAUCAAAGGCAAAAUUCAUCUAAAAGCCAAUACACUGAAUAUUUGGAAUAUGUGAGACAAUUAUGUGAUAGUUGUGGUUUUAAAACCGAAAUAGACAGGUUGAAAAUUCCAAGCACGAAGAGAAUAUGCUAUAUUGGUAUGACAAGAACCUACAAGGAAAGUGAACAUGGCAAGCAUGUUGCUUGUGUUCAAGAUAUGAUAAGUUAUCAAAUAGGAUUAAGUAUGAACAAUGAUAUUGACCAAGAUAUUGAAACAAAGGAAUUUAAAACUAGAGAUCCCAUUGAAAGAGUAAGAAAUUGCACAAAAUUAAAUAAAAAUAUUAUAGAGUCUAUAAUAAAUUGUAUUUCAAAUUAUUUGCUUGGUGGAUGCAAUAUAAAGUCAAAUUGGUCAAACGGUAAAAAUGUUGCUAUUCAUGAACUUAUACAACUUCUACCACCUGAUAAAUUAAAAGCUUUAAAAUCAGAAUGUGGUGGCUUACAAACUUUGUUAAGAAAUAAUCACCACAUAUUUGAAGUCAGAAAUGGGUUUGUAAAUUUAAGGUAUCCUAGAACAAUAAAUGAGGUAAAAAAUAAUGCUAGGAGUAAAAAAAAUAUUGACAGCUUAAAAGUGCAAAGAAAACCAUGUUGGUUUUUUAAUAAUCACCCACAAGGCUGUCCAUUAGACAGCUCAGUUUGUAGUUUCCUGCACGACAAAACAAUAUGAAAAUACCAUUAACUAAAUGUUAAGUGUAAAUUUUUAUUGACAAAAUGAUAUAAAAAUUAACAUUAUGAAAUAAUAAAAAAAAAAUGUACCUAAAA